AUGGCAGAAAAUAGACUAGGGUUUCUGUACAAAGCUGCUGCCGUACUGACGCAAACGGAAAAUAAAAGUUAUGAUAUCCUCCGAAGCCACUACUUGAUGAGAUGUCCUGAAUUAAGAUCUUCAAAACAAAUUUCUAGUGGUCGUUUAAGUAAAGAAAGGUGUUCUUAUUGCUGUUUGUCAUGGAAAAAAGAUGCAAAAUUAAGGGUAAAUCCUAUAAAAUUGUCUAGAAGGCAGAAAAAAAGACUGAAGUCUAAAAAGAACAGUACUCUAUAUAAUUCUAAGCAAGUGGAAAGAAUAUGUUCUUUGUGUGGCCAUAUGUCUGUAGUGCAUGUCCUCAAAUUAAAUGAUAAAAUAGAAACUGAUACUUCCAUUGUGGUAAAAGACAAAAUAAUAAAGAAACAAUUGAAAAAAAAGGAUCCAAAACUGAGACCUUUAAAUGUUUAUACUAACAUUAGAGAAGUGUUUUCAAUAAAAAAUGAAAACAAUAAGAUUACACCAGACAUAGUUCCAGUAAAAAUUAGAAACAAUAAAAAGAAAAAAGACAGAUUUGCUGGUUUGUGCCAAAAAGCUGUUAUGGAUGCUACUAAAAGAAAAAAUGAAGAUGAAAAAAAGAGUACAUUAAAUUUAUUUUUAAAGCCAUCAUCAUCAACAUAA